CGGACGGCUGAAUGGAGUAGAACAAUCCAGUAGGCAGAGAGUGGACGACCCAAACACGCACGGUUAGCAGACAACUAUCAAACAACGGCGGCCUGACAGUGAUUUAAAUGAACAAAUUAUCUUCAGUGUUAAACAAUGUGACCAAGUGAGAGGAACACCCGGGUGAGGACCGUCAGAAACACAUGACAGCCAACUUUGGUUGUUGUGCGAGGCGCACCAUGGCAUCCCAGCCAAGUGAAGAAAGGAACCUUCUUCGCCUCCGAGCAUGGGAACAGAGGAACCAAGAAACCAGCCAAGCCAAAGAACUCAACCCUGAGAAUGUGCCACUCUUUGGGGAACCAUACAAGACAAACAAGGGGGAUGAGCUUUCCAAUCGAAUCCAGAGGAUGCUGGGCAGUUAUGAAGAUGUGAAUAAUCCCUAUCCCCCGACCAUCGAGCCUUUACCCAUUCCUACUUAUGUAACCUUCUCACAGUCAGAUCAGGGUCAGCCAAACACAGAUAAAUCAACCAAAGCUCCAUUCCACAACCAGGUCCAUUACAUGUCGGCCCAAAACCAGAAAUUCCCCUCUAGUAACAGUUAUUCCUCUCAGCCCAUGAGGACGUCUGCUGCCUCUUCUCCUAACCAACAAGGACAUUCAUCCACUUUCUCAAAGGCUUCCUUGAACCACAGUCAGGCCAGUCAUCCCCGAAACUCAGCACAUCAAAAAAAGAAGAGUGAGGCCUUCUCAGAUCUCAGGGAACGUGUCAGCCUUCCCCAGGAAAUGUCUGCUCAGUCUCCUGAUGCUAAGCCGCUACCCUUCCUACAUUCCAGUAACCAUGAUAACACAGACACGGACACUAAAGACACCUUUGAUAGACAUAAGCUUCAAGAAUCCUCAGAUCCCCCCUCUGAGUCUGCCAGCACCAUGGAUGUUUCCACCUCGAACAUUAAGCAGUCCCCUAAAGAUGCAUCUUUGCCUCAAGCCACCAAGACUAAUGCACUACCCUCCCAGACCUUCCCUCCACUCCUGUCGUCUAAGCAGCCUAGCGUAGUCAUGACCCAGAAGCCCACAGCCUAUGUGCGACCCAUGGAUGGUCAGGACCAGGUGGUCAGCGAGUCACCUGAGUUAAAGCCUUCACCAGAGCCAUAUGUACCGCUACCGGAGUUAAUAAGCAAGUCUAACCCGGGCAAAAUGAAGAUACUGCCACAAUUUUUGGAGACAAGGACAAAUGAAGCUCAGUGUGUCGAGGACAUCCUGAGGGAGAUGACCCACUCGUGGCCCCCUCUACUGACAGCUAUACACACACCUACCACAGAUGAACCCUCCAAGUCCCCGUUCGCAGCCAAGGAGGCAGCACAUGUCUCUUCAUGUCCGGAACAAAAAAGCUGUGAAUCCUCUCCUCCUCCUACAGAUCCACCCCAGCUCAACCAGCAGAGCUCCUCAUCUUCAUUUGAAGUAGCACAUUCCAGUGGGGUAGAGUCUGCCAGCUCCAGCGACUCAGAGAGUAGCUCAAGGUCAGAGUCAGACAGUGAAAGCACCACAGAGGAGCCACCUGAACCCCCAGUGAGCAGCUCAAUUAAAACGGAGCCUGAUGCUCCAGCAGUGAGCCAUGGUGAUUGGCAGUUGGGGAACUGGAUCAGGUCCAACCAACAGAACUCGAGCACUGAAAGUCAAGGCGGUAUUCAUGUCUCCGGGAGCACCACUCACAAACAGCUACUGCCCAUUCAAAGCUCCAGGCACUCCAGUGUAGAGGUGGCCGACCCCAGCAGGGAGUCCAAGCCUCAGCCCCCUUCUCACCAAAAAGAGCUCAGUGACAACUUUGCCAAACCCCAGCAGUUCAGAGAAAGCCAUCAGGACAACGGUUACCAGCAGAGGAGCCAAAUUUCCACCGUUGAUUUCAGGAAGCUGUCAUGCAACACGCACUCCUCAAAACCAGCAAAGGAAAGCUGCCCAGAUCACAGAGAAGCAGCUGUCACUAAGUGUGAGGAAGUUGUAGCCACAAGAGACAAAGACCCAUGUUUCACAGAUAGGCCCAAGGUAAAGACGAAAACAAGAUAUUGCAAGAAAAGCAAGGACAGCAGUGACUCUAAGCAAGAUAGUAAAAGGACUUCUAAACACACGUCUCUUGACAAGCGGAAGACCGGAUCAGAACCUGGAGUUACACUGGUCCUGUAUGGUCAUUGUCCAUCUUGCGGUGUGAGAUAUCCAAACCCCUGCUCCUGCCCCACCCAGAGUCCUGCUCAGCCUGACCAGUUGUCUCCUGCCCCACCGGUAAGAAUCAGUUGUAGCAAACCCAAGGCAGGGAAAACCUGCCAGAAGGGCACCAAGAAGCCUCACAAAACAACCCACAAGCCCUUGGAGAAGACUGGGCCUACAGCCAAGGGUUCUCGGGACCACCACAGGCCUCCUAGAUCCCUGCUGGUGAAGAUCAAUCUAAGUUUGCUCUCAAGAGUUCCCCAGAAGUCCGGCAACCACCAGGAGAUACCCAGCAAUGCAAAGAGAUCAGCACUGUUUAUAGAGCAAGAUGGAGAGACCACUGAUGCUUCUACAAUACACAAACGCAGCAAAACCAGCAAAAAGAGCAUACCUCCAAAUGUUGAGGUAGACAAUAAAACUCUCCCGAGGAAGAAACAGAGGCUGGAAAGCGAGAAUACCUCAUCAGUUCAUGUUUCUAUCAAACUUGAAAGUUCCAGUAAUCCAGCAGAGGACCGGGAGAGAAAGAAGGCCAAGAAAAAGCCAAUAUCUCUGCAGCACCCUGCAACACCCAAAGACACUGCUAUAGACUCAAAGUUACGCAAACGCUGUUCUGGAGAGACCAAAGAGUCCAGUAAGGAGGCUGUAAAGAGCAAGGACUCCUGCAAGCACAAGAAGAAGAAUGUAAAACACACAGAGCACCCAGACUCUGGAAAGCAGAAGCCUCCAAAGAGCAGCCUCGCAGUCCCAUCAUCUUCACAGUCCAACAAGGAAGUUUUGAUCAACAGGCCCUUGCUCAGGUUUGAAGACAGGCAGUAUCCAGUGAAGCAUUACAUAAAGGAGGCCAAAAGACUGAAGCACAAAGCAGAUGCAGAGUCAGAUAAGCUCAGUAAAGCAUUCAACUACCUGGAUGCGGCCAUGUACUUUGUUGAGAGUGGCAUUGCCAUGGAGAAAGAUCCACAGAUUUCAAUGUCUUCCUACACGAUGUUUGCAGAGACAGUGGAACUCCUCAAGUUUGUGCUGAAACUUAAAAACUCAGUGGACCCCUCUGCUCCACCCUCAGAAAAGGACUUUUUAGCUUUAUGUUUGAAGUGCCAGUCUCUCCUGCAGAUGGCCAUGUUUCGCCACAAACACAAAACUGCACUCAAGUAUUCAAAGACACUCACUGAUCACUUCACUAACUCUGUUCAGGCAACACAUGAUCCUUCUUUCUGCACAUCAAAAGUCGCAGACACCCCGUCCCCCAUGCCCGACAUGCCAUCUCCAGCCAACACCUCCACCAGCUCAGGUCCCGGCUCCAACCACAGUGGUGGCGGGUUGAUUGGGGGCCCUGUCGGCAAGACUGUGGCAGUUCCCCAGGACAUCGAACAAGUGGCAUUCACCUAUCUCAACAUCACUACGUUAUUCUUGAGCGCUCACGACAUCUGGGAGCAGGCGGAGGAGCUGGCACACAAAGGCAGCGGUAUGCUGACAGAGCUGGACACAGUUUUGGGCCCAUUGAGCCUAACUUCAACUAUGAGCUCUAUGGUCCAUUAUACAAGACAGGGUGUCUACUGGCUGAGGCUGGACAGCCAAAAGGUAAAGUGACCGACAACCUGCUGUCACUGCUGGAUAGCCGCAACCCCUUUGUGCUGCUUCUCCAAACUUUACUUCACUUCAGCGUGUUUAACCGUGAUACCGACCUGAACUGCCCCUCAGGCUUGUUUUUUUUUCUUUUUUCUUCUUUAUGUAACAUGGACAUCUCUUCAAAAAGUCAGACACGGAUGUCAUCUCAUGUUUGUUUUUAAGGCUAGAUUUGGAAUUUCCCAGAAAGGAUACCACACUAAUCACUGCACUUGUUAUUUAUUCUUUUCUCUCGUGUUCACUUUUCUCUCUCUCUCUGGCACUCUAACAAAAAAAAAACAUGGGCUUCAUCUGCUGUAAUUUACACGUUUCAUGUCUUCGAAGAUUUAAGGUGCCUCCUUGUUCCUGUAUCAGCUGAUGUCAUGGAAUUAUUUGCAAAUCAGGGCUUUAUUCAAGAGUGACCUUAACUAAAUUUGGAUGGAAGUACAUCAAAUAUAACCAAAAGUGCCAUUUGGUGGUGGUGGGGGGUGCAAGCAAUGACACAGAUCACUUAUUUAUUAUUCUUAUUAUCACACCUUGAUUAACAUACAUUUGACUUCUGAUUGGGCAGUUAUCACAGGACCUGUAUGAAAUGACCUGAAAAACUAAAGGCACUUAAAUCAUUGUUCAGAAGUAUCAUAAUAUCAUAAAUAGAAUAAUGACGUCACAACUUUGGUAACAAAUUUUAUUUCAUUUCUCUUAUAAAAAGAGAUUUAAGUUUCCCUGUUUCAGUCUGAAAGAUUGGUUUCUAUCACUAAGUGACACAUUUUAUGAAUUCUAUAUUUUGGAUGGAUUCUACAUAUUUUUUUAAAAGCCACCAUUUCUUUCUCCCACAACAGGAUAACCCAUGAGCUUAUUCCUUGAUGGCAUCUAUGCUUUCAGGUUUUCAAAUUAGUGUUGUCAGGUUGAAACACAUUUCUCGUGCAUUAAUAAGGAUAAACAGAAAUGUGCCAUACUGUUAAUGAGACAAAAUACAUAUUGGAUGUAGGAUGAAUAAUGUAUCGAUUAUUGAGACUAAGAUACAUCUGGACACAUUCAAAUCAAAUCCCACAUAUGAAAAAUUAGAUGAUAAAGCAAAGCAGGGAAGGCUCUUUUAAUUAAGGGCAUUUAAUUAACUAUUGUCUUUUAGGUCUUAACUUUCUGCUCCUGUAUGAAGUUUAGUUUGCUUCUUGACUCUCGUUUGUGUCGGAGUGACUGACGGUAGAACAUUUCUGAGACGUGACAGACCGGUGACUCAUGUUUCUUAUUUGAAAUGGUUUUGAUAGUAUGGUUGAUGGCUGAAGCUCCGGGUCGCGGCCUUUUUCUGGCCGUAGUAGUGUUGCUGGUAACGUCUAAGAGUGUGACCAGUUUUUUUUUCUGUCCAAAGCUGCCUUGAUUAUUUUUCUCAUCAUCCUGCUACAGAAUUUGCACUUGUGCCCUCCUUCCAAUGAAAAUUAUACGAGCAUCAAAGAAAAGUAACCAUCUUAAAGGAUAGGUUCACUUUUUUUUUUUCUUUUCCAAGUUUGUCUUAAAACGAUUCUCACAUCAUUCCUCCUGUCCAUACCGGCUGUGAAGAGAUCCCUUUGUAAAGCAUUGUAAGUGAUGAUUGACAAAGUCCACAGUCAUCCCUCUGUGUAAAAAGUGCAUCCCAAAGAUCAACCAAAGCUAUUAGGAGACUUUAGCAUUCUGAGUUCAACAAACCAAGGAGGGUAUUUUCUAAAGUUAGAGCAAUAUUGGUAAUAAAAUCCCGCUUUGUGUUUCUAAGUCUUGCUGAGACACGACAGGGGGACAGACCACUAAAGGGAAGUUUUGUGCUAAAAGGACUGCAAAUUUUGAAAAUACGCACUUGAUUUGCCUAACUUAUACUGCUGAACCUCUACGUUAGUGUCAGCUGAACUUGAACAUUUUUUGUUUUUGUUUUUGUAUUUUACAUAGAAAGAAGACUGGAUAUUUCACAGUAAAACUGCUUUAGGAAGGGUUCUCCUUGCAGUUGGUAUGAGCAGAAGGAAUGAUUACAGCGACCAAUAACCCUUUCAAUGUACAUACAGGCAUUUCGGUAUUCUUUUAAGAUAGAAUUUGAAAAAAACCGAACCUGUCCUUAACCACAGAUGUGUCUUGCAAGAACAAAAAAGAGGGAAUAAUUUUACAUCCCUGACUUUCCGUACGUAUAGUGAUGGAUUUAUUGGUUUGCAUUGGCCGCCUGUGUCAGUUGGAGUUACCUUGUGACUAUAGUGGGACUAACACAAUCAUUUAACUGAUAAGAAACUACAGUAGCGUUCCCUUUUAAUUGUUUUUGCACCAGUAAGCUGCUUUCCUACAUGUUUCCCACACUUUAGAGAUGCAAAUGUUUCCUACAUCAGUGAGGGUAGAAUAAAUGGCCAACUAUAGCUUACUUUAAAAGAAAAAAAAAAAAAGAAAAAAAAAGCACUUUUGUGAGUAUUUGUAGUUAAUUUCAGUGCGCUAUUGUUCAGAAAGAACAUCACGUUCGCGGGGCUGGCAGGACUGUGCUAGUCUUUACUCUUGUUUAUUGUAACUUUGAUUCUAAGCAAUAAAACAUCAGUUUUGUUGGCUCAAAAUUUGAGUGAGUUGUUGACAUAGUUACCCUGUGAUAACUAUGUCAACAACUCACACAUAGUUAUCACAGGGUCUUAUUGAUACAAUGGGGGUUAUAAAAAUAAUCAGCAUGAAAUAGUGAUUCAAGAAAAGAAACAUUGGUUUAGAUUAGCGCAUUAUAAUAGAGCAUUCCUUGAAAUGAGUGCGACUGGGUUUUGAAAUUUUUUGGCUUGUCAAUUCAGUUGGUGUGCGUGUGCAAUUACACGCUGAAAGGGCUGAACAAGGACCACAAAGUGUUCCUAAAUUUAUUUUCUCAUAUUAAUGAUACAGUGGUAUUUUUUAAGUAAGAAGCAAGUAUACUGGUGCCAUGGAAUUAGGGAUUAUUUUUACAUACAGAUCAUUAGCAGGCUGCUAUAGUAUUGAUCUUUAACACGGAUGUCUACACUGGACACAAAGUGAAAAUGCAAAAAUUUUGGCAUUUGACAUUCAUAAAUAGUUCAAUUUAAUCUUUUUUUUUUUUUUUUUUUUGGAUGUUCUUGGGUCUUGUCUUUCCAACCUGUGGCUUUAUUUUCAUUAUCCUUGGGUGUUGGUGCUUCGUUUAAGAAUUACUCUGAAGCAAGUUUACACUUCCUGUCCAAAUUAUUAUUUACCAGAAAAAUGUUCAGAAAGGUUUUUGAAGGAUGCGUUUUUCCUUUUGUGAAAUAUGUAAAGAAUUUGUGUUGCAGUGUACACAGAUGAAUAAACACUGGAAAUUAA